AAGGAAGAACAAAAAAAAAACACUCCCGGGAAAAAGACGAACAAAAGAAGCGGUAGGAAUUCUGGAAGCAUAAUUUCCAUGGAAAUGAGAGAGAUGGAGAGAGAAAAGGAGAGGCUUCGGAACUCUAUGUUGAUGGGUUGUCCUUGAUCUCUUAGUGUGACUUGAAACAGUGAAAAUCGAGGGAGAAAUGGAGGAGGGUCGGGUGUUGCGGUGGAGUGUGUUCAGAUCCCUUCUCGCGAUUCUCCAAUGGUGGGCUUUCAAUGUCACUGUCAUCAUCGUCAACAAAUGGAUCUUUCAGAAAUUGGAUUUCAAGUUUCCUUUAACAGUAUCAUGUGUUCAUUUCAUAUGCUCAUCGAUCGGAGCAUACUUAGUGAUCAAGGUACUGAAGAUGAAACCACUGAUCUUAGUUGAACCAGAAGAUCGAUGGAGGAGGAUAUUUCCCAUGUCCUUCGUCUUUUGUAUCAACAUUGUGCUGGGAAAUGUAAGCCUGCGUUACAUUCCCGUCUCCUUCAUGCAGACUAUCAAAUCGUUCACUCCAGCAACCACUGUUGUGUUGCAGUGGCUUGUCUGGAGGAAAAGUUUUGACUGGCGAAUUUGGGCCUCUCUAGUCCCGAUCGUCGGAGGAAUUCUGCUUACAUCUUUGACUGAGCUUAGCUUCAACAUGUUUGGAUUUUGUGCUGCCUUGUUUGGAUGUUUGGCCACUUCUACAAAGACUAUCCUUGCAGAGUCUUUGCUUCAUGGAUACAAGUUUGACAGCAUAAACACGGUUUACUAUAUGGCGCCAUUUGCGACCAUGAUCUUGGGAAUACCUGCGUUACUACUUGAAGGAAAUGGGCUUAUGGAUUGGUUUCAGAUUCACCCGGCUCCCUGGUCACCUCUCGCCAUAAUUUUCAGCUCCGGUGUUCUUGCUUUCUGCCUCAACUUCUCUAUCUUCUAUGUUAUUCACUCCACAACUGCAGUCACCUUCAAUGUUGCUGGGAACUUGAAGGUUGCAGUGGCUGUUCUUGUUUCAUGGUCGAUAUUCAAGAACCCGAUUUCAGCGUUGAACGCAUUCGGCUGUGCAAUCACACUGGUAGGAUGUACAUUCUACGGGUACGUACGGCAUAUGCUUUCCCAGCAACAACAGCCAUCGACUCCAAGAAACCCGGUGGAAAUGCUCCCUCUUGUAAAUGCUAAAACAGAGGACAGAGUGACUGAUUAGAGAUUCUACACUUCAAGAUCAUAGGAGAGAUUCUGGUGAGUUGUUACAUGUUAGAGUGUUUAUUUGCUUUCCGUUGAGUCGACUCAAACCCUACCUAAUUCCAGUAAACUUAGAACUAGUUUGGUUAUAGAGAUUUCCAUUGUUACAUUCAUCAUACCAUCCACAUAUAUUUAUGUAUAUAUGUAUAUAGCUGAUGGUUUUUUGUCUCAA